AUCAACCAUAUAAGGUCCAUGGCAGGUGUCGACCACGUGGGCCUCGGGGCUGGCUACGACGGCAUAAACAGAACGGCGGCGGGCCUCGAAGACGUCUCCAAGUACCCCGAGCUAUUCGCCGAGCUCCUUCGCGACGAAACGUGGUCUCUGCAGGACCUGAAGAAGCUCGCUGGGGUGAAUCUACUGCGCGUGUUCCGGGAAGUGGAGCAGGUGCAGGAGGCCCUGGAGGGGGAGACGCCCUCAGAAGACAUCAUCCCCAUCCACGACAUCGACGCCUACUGGCCCUGCAGGUACAAGUUCGCCAACGUCGACCUGGAGCGAUCGAGGAGGUAAUCCCGGACGAAGGAGGCGCAGAAGAAGGACCCUCGGGCGCUGAGGGAAGCUGGAGGGCGCGAGCGGAACGGAGGC